AUGACUACACAACAGGGCAAAAUCAAGGCCGUCUUCUUCGACUUCAUGGGAACAUGCCUAGACUGGCACAGCAGUGUAGUGCAAGCUUUUCCCCCUGCGAUAGACAACAAAACAGCGUCCGAUCUAGCUCUCGAAUGGCGGAAGAAUUAUUUCCUCGCAAACAAUCAGCGAUAUCUCCAAGGUCUCGCUCCCGAAGACAUUGAUAUCACGCUUGCUCGUGUACUUGACGCAGUCCUUGGUCAAUUCCAGGAUGUCAAGGCCCAUCUCGAUACAAACACUAAAAAGCGGCUUGUCGAAGCCUGGCAUUCGCAGCCAGCUUGGCCCGAGGUGCAGCAGGCGAUACAGAGCAUCCGCGAGGAUCUUGGACUGGAAGUGUUCGUUCAUGCCAAUGGAACGACCCGGCUUCAACUGGACCUUACUCAGUCUUCUGGGUUGAACUUCAACAUGUUGUUUUCCAGCCAGCUUCUGGGUGUGUACAAGCCUAGUCCUGAGGCAUACCAGAAGGCAUUACAAUUGGUCAAGCUUCAGCCAGAGGAAGUGGUGUUGGUUGCGGCACAUGCCUACGACCUACGAGGUGCUCAAAACGUUGGUCUGAGGACCAUUUACGUACAUCGAUGGACAGAUGAUAUUGAUGAAGAUAUGGAGAAAGUUAAGACCGAGUUUGAUUUUUACUUGGACGAUAUGAAGAAUCUUCCUGCUACGAUUGCGAGGCUAUAA